GGUUUAGAAAGCAAACCUGAUUCUUCAGAUAUCAAGCACAUCAACUUUAACAGCAGAUUACUGGUGUAUGCUGGACAGUAACCUUUUCUAAAAUGUUGCAUCUUAUUCUGGUUCUUUCUGGAGUUUGUACAGUGGGCAUGGCCAUGCCUUUACCGGAUUACUACUCCUACUCCAUGGCUGUUGGGGAUGGCAGUGGGACUGAAUAUUCCACUGCAUAUGAUGGUCGCAUCACUGGUGUGAGAGUCUGGGAACACAGUAAUGCGUAUAUUCGUGGAAUUCAGCUGCGUUAUGAUGGUAACUGGACAACACCAGUUUGUACAAGCUAUGGCAAUCCACUGGAGAUGACACUUCGUGACAAUGAAUCCAUCAUUCAGGUCUCUGGAAAAUAUUACAGUGGCUACAUCUAUGAGAUUAUGUUUGUCACUAGUCAAGGCCGCUCUUUAAAAGUGGGCCAGCCUUAUGGAAACUCUUUUAACUUCUACCCAACCCAUGAUGGAAGUGAGCUACGUUUUCUCAGUGGUCGACAGAAUGGAAAUGGCAUUACCUCUAUUGGGGGUCAUUGGGCUGUCUACCAUACCAGUGACAAUGCACCUUAAAACCAUAUCACUGCAGUUUAACCCCCUUUACCUUCUUUCUACCAACAAUAAAGGAACAACUACACAAACAUAUUUUAUCUGUUCUUAUUUAAUAGAAUCACUUCUCAUGGUUAUUACUUAAAUAAAGGUUAUGGGUUGUUUGUUUGUUAAGCUUAAUUUGUUUUAAACUUUAAACUGACAGCAUAUAUAUAUGUAUAAUUCUUCAACAAUCAACACUUUUAUGUAUGGGUUAAUUUAACUAAAACUAAGAUGUUAACAAUUUUCUUUUGUUGUUUGAAUAUAACAUUAAAAACUUGGAAACAUCUUGGAAACCAUGCUUUCAUCACUUAUUUUUUCU